AUGUCGUCGUCAGCACCUCAAGUCGUAUCUUCGUCGGCAGAGCCCCGAGACCCGCUGCAGAACCUCACCGAUGCCGCUCAGAAGGUCGACCUCAACCAACAGUCCGAGAAAAAGCAGCCAAAGUCACAGAAACAGCAGCAACAACAACAACAGCAAAAGGGCGAAAAGAAGCCAAAGGCAAAAAAGGACAAUGUAGACGGUGCACCCAAGGCUCCCCUCGAGUUCACUCCCAAGCCCGCCUACUUUGACCACCGUAUCGCCAUGUUUGAAAAGCUCAAGGCCGAGCAGGAUGCUCAAAUCGCCGCAAUGCCUCGUCAGCCCAUCACCGUCACCAUGCCCGACGGCUCCACCCGCCAGGGCAUUUGCUACGAGACCUCGCCGAUGGACAUUGCCAAGCAGAUCUCCAAGUCCUUGUCCGAGCGCAUCGUCAUCUCCAAGGUAGACGACAAUCUCUGGGAUCUUGAACGUCCGUUGGAGGCCGACUGCAAGCUCGAGCUGUUCGACUUUGACUCGCCUGAGGGUAAACGUGUCUUUUGGCAUUCGUCGGCGCACGUGCUUGGUGAAGCUUGCGAGAAGCACUACGGAUGCCACCUCUGCAUCGGUCCUCCCACCGAAGAGGGCUUCUUCUACGAGAUGGCCAUGGGCGACUCGGGAGAGCGCAUGAUCUCCCAGUCCGACUUUGGCGCGCUCGAGACGCUGAUCAAGAACGCCACCAAAGAAAAGCAAAAGUUUGAGCGUCUCGUCGUCUCGAAAGAGCAGCUGCUCGAGAUGUUCAACUACAACAAAUACAAGCAGCACAUUAUCCAGUCGAAAAUUCCCGACGGCACCUCGACCACCGUCUACCGCUGUGGUCCCAUGAUUGACCUUUGUGUUGGCCCUCACAUCCCGCACACUGGCCGUAUCAAGGCUAUGACGGUGCUCAAGAACUCGGCCUCGUACUUCCUCGGUGAUCAGAACAAUGACUCGCUGCAGCGUCUGUACGGUAUCUCGUUUCCCGAUGCAAAGCAAAUGUCCGAGUACAAGCAAUUCCUCCUUGAAGCAGCCAAGCGCGACCACCGCAAGAUUGGCAAGGAGCAGGAGCUCUUCAUGUUUCACGAGCUCUCGCCCGGUUCGUGCUUCUGGCUGCCGCACGGCGCUCGCAUCUACAACACGCUGCAAGAGUUUCUCAAAUCCGAAUACCGCCAGCGCGGCUUUGACGAAGUGGUGACGCCCAACAUGUACAACUCGAAGCUCUGGCAGACAUCGGGUCACUGGCAGAACUACAAGGACGACAUGUUUGUGCUCGGCGUCGACAAGGAGCAGUUUGCACUCAAGCCCAUGAACUGCCCCGGUCACUGUCUCAUGUUUGCUUCGCGCGAUCGAUCGUACAAGGAGCUGCCGUUGCGACUGGCCGACUUUGGUGUGAUUCACCGAAACGAAGCGUCGGGUGCGCUGAGCGGUCUCACGCGUGUGCGACGAUUCUGUCAGGACGACGCGCACAUCUUCUGCAUGUCGAGCCAAAUCGAGCAAGAGAUGGCGGGCUGCUUCGACUUUCUCGAGCGCGUCUACGGCCUAUUUGGCUUUGAGUUCAAGUUGGAACUCUCGACGCGUCCCGAAAAGUUCCUCGGCGAUAUCGAAACGUGGAAUGCGGCCGAGGCACGUCUCGGUGCGGCGCUCGACAAGUUUGUGCCGGGCAAGUGGGAGCUGAAUCCUGGCGAUGGUGCGUUCUACGGACCCAAGAUUGACAUUACCAUCUCGGAUGCGAUGCGCCGCCACUUCCAGUGCGCCACGAUCCAGCUCGACUUCCAGUUGCCGCAGCAGUUUAAGCUCGAGUACCGCACCGCCGUUUCGCAAGGUGGAGAGACGCAAGCCGAGCGUCCUGUUAUGAUUCACCGUGCAGUCGUCGGUUCUCUGGAACGAUUCAUCGCGAUCCUCACCGAGCACUUUGCGGGCAAAUGGCCGUUCUGGCUCAGCCCGCGUCAACUUCUGGUGGUCCCCGUCACCAACACGGUCUUUGAUUACGCCAAGAGCGUCCAACAGCGUCUCUGGGAUCAAGGCUUCUUUGCCGACGUCGAUCUGAGCGACAACACCUUGCCCAAGAAGAUCAGGAACGGUGAAAUCGCCCAGUACAACUUUGUCUUUGUCGUAGGCCACGAGGAGAUGCAGACCAAUAGCGUCAACAUUCGAAACCGCGACGAUGUCAAUCAGAAGGGUAAGGCAGAGACUAUGGAUCUUGACAAGACCAUCACUCUGCUCAAAGCGCUCAAGUCGCAGCGCAGGCUGCAAAACAAGCUGGUUUGA